GAGAGGACUUGUGUCUAGUUGUGACUGAGAGAAACCGGUUCAGUUUGUGAGAAAAAUGUUUCUGUUCUGUACUUUGUGUAAAUAUCGAUGAUGAAUUGUUGGAGAGUAGGACCCGGAUUGAUUAGGACUGUACAAGUUCCCUCACAGCAAAAGUGUUACUCCAGUUUAUUAUGGACACAGCUAACUAGUAAAUACAGUGUACAACCAACAGUGAGGCGGUUUUACUUUGGAUGGGCAGUUUGUCUCCAGACGUCAUCCAAUCAUCUUUUUUCCAAGUCUAGGAAUUGCAGUUCUCCAGUUUCUUUUUGUGGCUAUCGACCGUUGACCUCAAAGGCAGAAUUACAUGAGGAAUCUGGACUCUUACUACAUGACCCCAAGAAGGGAGACCUUGUUUACUAUGGACCACUGAGUGCACGGGUCCGUGGUCUGAAGAUCCUUUCUGUAUCCUCCAGUUUGACGUGUAUGGCCCUACUUCCGUAUGUCUUUAUGCGAGCUGAGAAUCUCCCUCCAUUCCUACAGGCAACAUGUGGGCUCAUCUCCGGAUUCUUCAUUUUCCUUCAACCAUGCAUCAUACAUUGGUUGGUUUACCGCUACGUGACUGCCUUGUACUACAACCGUGAAAAUAAGACAUUCACUGUAACAACAUUGACCUUUAUUGGUACAAAAAAGGACAUGACGUUUACAAAAGCAGAUGUAGAAAAUGUGGACACACCCACUUUGUUUGAGCGAGUGCGAGUGAAAGACCGACCCCUCUAUAUGGAAAAUGACUACUUUGUAGAUGUUGCUGCUUUUAAAAUGAUAAUGAAUUAUGAUAGUGAUAAUAAAGAUUUAUAACACAAUACCAGUGUUAAUAAGUAUUAUGUGAGCAAUUGAAUGUAAAAAAUAAAAAAAAAGGUAUUAUUUUA